AUGUCCCCGUCAUCGUACCCAAAGCAGACUAGAACACCCGUGUUCGUCCACGUUCACGCGAUGAUGUUGAUCCAGAUUAUCAGCUCCGUGCCUAGGACUACGAGAGCCUCAUCAGAGCCGCCCUUGGUGGGCUUAUGGAUCGCUGAUGUCUACGUAGUGGAUAAGGACGACGACCGUGACACUAACCCAGAUACUGUGAAGCGAUUUUUUCGGUCGCUAAACGAGCGAUUCUCCAACGACCGUCGGCCCCCUGAUGGGCUGGUAUAUGAGCGGAUUCGUUACUAUGAAGGUCAUCUAGAUGGGCCAAUCGAUGAGUGGGCUGCGAAGGACUGGUGGGCUAUGUUGGAGACGACACCUGGCAGUAAAAAAGGGAAAUACCUCCGUGCAUUCUUGAGGCAUCCACGAUUUCCCCAGAAGCUUGAUUCCUUGCUGAUCAUCGGUGGUCUAUGGGGAGGAAUGCGUAUUAGUCUUUUACACAAGCUGCUAGCCAUACAUUGUGAUGAGCCAAUCCUUUGUUAUUGGGACUUGAUUCUCAAGACAUUUCUUAAAAUUGCGGGCGACCGGCAUAAGCUCCUGCCUCUGAUGGAUGGAGCUACGGUGAAGUUACUCCAAUCUCGGGCCCCGAAAUUACAAGAAAUCGACUACCUAAUUCCAACUCUGGAGACGUUCUUCAAAGAUCGUUCCUAUCUCGAGGUCGGCCAAAGCGUCAUAAAACAGCUUUAUCUAUCUGAUCCGCACCGACAACUCACCGUUGAUCAAAGGGUUAGUGAGUUAUUCGAUACACCCUUGCCAGUCCUUUAUACCAUAAGUCAGCAAAGGCUUGGAUAUGAUUUACUAGAAUUCUGGCGCUUUAGCUUCCAAUACGGGUUUAAGCUAACAGAUCACCAACGUCGCAAAGCUCUUUUUUCGAGGAGCCCGGCCCUCCAGACAGGAUGCAUAUAUAGGGCCACUUCUGCUAAAUUAUUCAAUCUAGAGGCUUUCGACCUCCUACUAGAUUCGACUUCGUACCUCGGACCCGACUUCCCGACCCGGUUGCCUGCCUGGGAAAAGACGUUGAAGUGGAGAAGCGCUCGGGAAAACCCUUCUCCAAUACAGUUGAGGCAGACCGUCAUGCUCUAUCCGCCGAAUCUCUUCGACAAAGUUGGACGACUCCUUAAUGCCCCGAUCGAUCUCAACAAUUUCUCACGAGAGGUAGUUCGUCCAAACGCAGAUGUAGAUAUCAGAAACAUAGUAUCAAGAAUUGAACAUGCACCGGGAUCUGCCAUCCCAGUCGAGACAUUCACGGCUCUACCCACCGCUGCUAUUGAGGGUGAUCCAGGUGUGACAACUUACCCAAGCCAAGGGCAAUUGUAUUUCCCUAUGCUUAUCACGAUCGGCAGUGACCAGAAAUCGCUGAAUUUGCCCGAUGACCAUGAAUUCAUGAAUUUGUUUCAGCACGGACUGAACCAGCACUAUUUUAGUAUUACAGUACCAGACGGACGACUGAUCUGUCCGGACGAAUGCUAUACAUAUUAUCUCCGCCAUCCGGAAGCAACAUUACGUGCGCAAUACUAUAACGGAGGGCAUACCAUCACUUCUGAGUCAAAUUCUCAGGCGAUGUUAACAGGCCCACCCUGGCAAAAUGAUGCAAGGACCCAGAUGAAACAAGCCAAAAAUUGGCUGAACGAAAUAGCGCGUCAGUGUAUUCAAAACACAUGA